UCGUGAAAGUGCAAUCGUUGAAGAGGGAAAUUACUAGGGAUAACUUAGUUGUUAAGUGAAAAUCCUCCAUUUUAUCGUAACAUUACCACCGCCGAUUGGUCCACAUCAUGGGAGUACCAGCAUUCUUCCGUUGGUUGACGCGCAAAUAUCCGUCCGUGAUCAUCGAAUGCGUCGAGCAGAAGACCAUCGACGAUGAAGGAAAUGUCCAUUAUGAAGACAUGAACAAUCCAAACCCGAACCGGGUGGAGUUUGACAAUCUGUACCUGGACAUGAACGGUAUAAUCCACCCGUGCACCCAUCCGGAGGACAAGCCGGCGCCAAAAGACGAGGACGAGAUGAUGCUUGCCAUCUUCGAGUGCAUCGAUCGGUUGAUGAACAUCGUUCGGCCACGCAAGGUCCUGUACAUGGCCAUUGACGGGGUGGCUCCGCGUGCCAAGAUGAACCAGCAGCGUUCCCGCCGUUUCCGUGCGUCGAAGGAAACUGCCGAAAAGGUAGCCGAAGUGGCCCGUAUUCGCGAGGAACUGCAGGCGAAGGGUGCCAUUUUGCCACCGGAAAAGGAGAAGGGCACCCAUUUCGAUUCCAACUGCAUCACACCGGGAACGCCGUUUAUGGACCGGCUAAGCAAAUGUCUGCAGUACUACGUUCACGAACGGUUGAACAACAAUCCGAGUUGGAAGAAUCUAAAGGUGAUCCUCUCGGAUGCGAACGUACCGGGCGAGGGUGAACACAAGAUCAUGGACUACAUUCGCAAGCAACGCGUACAGCCGGACUACGACCCGAAUACGCACCACGUGCUGUGUGGCGCCGAUGCGGAUCUUAUCAUGUUGGGACUGGCGACGCACGAGACACACUUCACAAUCAUCCGUGAAGAGUUCCUGCCGAACAAGGAACGACCAUGCGACAUUUGUCAGCUACUGGGACACGAGAUGAAGGACUGUGUUGGUUUGCUGAAGGCGGAGGGUGCAGCUGGUGAUCGUGCACCGGCGGCACCCGGCAAGGAAACACAGUUCAUUUUUGUACGCCUAAAUGUACUGAAGGAAUAUCUGCAAAAGGAACUUGAUAUGCCAAAUCUGCCGUUUCCCUACGAUUUCGAGCGCGUGUUGGACGAUUGGGUGUUCAUGUGUUUCUUCGUCGGUAACGAUUUCCUACCCCAUCUACCCAGCCUGGAGAUUCGCGAAAAUGCCAUCGAUCGGCUGGUGACGCUGUACAAGAAGUGUGUGUACAAGACGCGCGGAUAUCUUACUGACUCUGGCAGCGUUCUGCUCGAACGUGUCGAGAUGAUUAUGACCGAUCUCGGCUAUGCGGAGGACGAAAUUUUUCGCCAGCGCAAAACGAGCGAAGAUCGCUUCAAAGAGCGCAAUAAACGUAUGCGCGCGCAACAACAACGUCAGCAGAGGCCGAACUUUGAGCAGAUUAACAGAUCGCAGUUCGCUCCAACGCCGCUGGGCCGAGGCGUGCAACCGCAAGCGAUUGUUAAUCCACGACAGGAAGCGGCUCACUUCCGUAUGCUCGGCAACUCAACCGGUGAUGGCAACAAUCAGUCGAACAAUUCCGAACAAGGAGGACAGCAGCGUGGCAUAAAACGAAAGGCAGAAGAAUCACUGGCGGUGACCCUGGCGAACGAGGAAGAGCAGGAAACGCCGGACGAAGUGCGCCUGUGGGAGGACGGAUUCAAAGAUCGAUACUACGAGUCGAAGUUCGAUGUGUCCCCACAGAACGUUUCCUUCCGUCAGACGGUCGCAUGGGAGUACGUGAGAGGUCUAUGCUGGGUGUUGAAGUACUACUAUCAGGGAUGCGCCUCUUGGGAAUGGUAUUUCCCCUACCACUAUGCACCGUUCGCAUCGGACUUUAAGCUGCUUACGAACGUGAACACACACUUUGAUAAGGGCACGCCGUUUAAGCCACUUCAGCAGCUGAUGGGCGUUUUCCCUGCUGCUAGCCGUAGCCACGUACCCCCACCGUUCGCUGAGCUGAUGGAUGAUCCCAAAAGUCCGAUCAUUGAUUUUUACCCCAUCGAUUUUCACAUCGAUCUGAAUGGAAAGAAGUUCGCCUGGCAGGGUGUCGCCCUGCUGCCGUUCGUCGACGAGAAGCGACUGUUUAAGGCCACGGAUCCAAGGGUCGGCCAGCUGACGGAUGAGGAACGAAGGCGCAAUGAGAAUGGCAACGCAAAGAUGUUCAUACUACCCGGUACGGCUGGCUAUCGUAUGCUGGCCGGUCUGUAUGAAGGCGAGGUGGACUACGAACGCGAGGUUGCGUGCACGGUGGAUUUUGUCGUAGGGCUUGUCGUGCCUACGAAGGAGUGUGUACCCCGCGAGGGGCUACUUUCGUCACCGAUACCGGGCCAAGUGACCGUUUCGGACAAUCGCGUGCUGACGGUGGACUUUAUCGAUCCGAAGUUUGCGGACGAUUACGUUUUUCCUGCCCGGAAGCUCGAGAACGCGAAGGAUCAACCGAAGGUGCUGAGUGCGAAGGAUGGUCCAGUGAUUGGCUUUGGUCAGCGCGGUGACCGCGCACAUCUCGACGCGUCCGGUCACCGAAUGGUGAACAAUCGACUCGGAUUGGGCUACGGAGGUCGUGGAGGCGGUGGAAGCCGUGGCGGUUACGGAAACGGUGACAAUGGUGGAGGCAGAGGAGGCUAUGGCAACAAUGACGGAUGGCGAAGGAACGACUACCAGGGCCGGGGAGGACAGGGCGGCUACGACAGUAACAAUCGGCAAAACGAUCGUGGAGGUUAUCAGAACACCUUCUCCAGCUACAACAGCUCCGACGGUGGAAGUACUUACAGAAGCAGCAACAGCUACUCGUCGAACAACAACGCUGGCAAUGCUGCGGAAGCAAACAACGGAAACGCUGCUGGUGGUGGUGGCGCCGGUAGGAGCGUAUUUGAGCAGCUUAGCAGCCAGAUUCAGCAGUACCAGCAGCAGAUGAUGAGCGAAAUUUCCCGCAACUCCCAGCCGGCGGGCAGCACUGUCCUGCCGAAUCCAUUCGCCACUCAGUCCCGCAACAACUACGACUCGGAGCAGCGCGGCAACAACAGCAACUGGAUGAACAACAACGGUGGGCGGCCGUACAACCGGGACGGUGGUCAAUUCGGCAGGGGUGGUGGCGGUGGUCGCGGAGGACAGCGUUUCAAUAAUAACAACAACAACGGUCGUUUCGGUCAGAACAAUUAUGGCUCUUCCGGUGGCGGCGGUUACAAUCGGUAUAAUAACAAUCAGCGGAAUUAGUACUAAGGAACUGAGGCCGAAUGUUCCUACCCACCAAGAUGGAGUUUGAAACAAAAAAAAAAAAAACAAAAGAAAACAGCUCAGUACAACGCAUGGACAUUUAUCUCGGUUAAGGGACAACAUAGAACGUAUGUUGCAUACCCGAUGGACGGUAGAAGAUAGAAGAUCCUCAUCGAUUUGCGGAAAAUUCGAACGGUAAACUAUAACCACAACAUUUCUUUUGGCCGGUAAAAAAGACACAUUACGUCAAUUUCAUUGGCUUACAUUUGAACGUUGACAUUUUCAAAAAAAAAACCAUACUGAACUUUUAGUAACUCAAAAAUAACUGCAAAGUUCGGAACGGGACAAACGAUGGUAGUGGCAGG